UUAGUCAAAAUGAUUUUUUCUUUUAAAAAUUAAGAGGGUUAAUUAUGGGGAUGAUGUAUUUAUACCUCCAAUUUUGACUGUAUUGUUGACAACAAAGAAAUGCUGGUCGGACCAAAUUUACAUCAAGACAUACUAUUUAUUCUAGAAAAAUGCAGGAGUCUUACUCAACUCAAGCAACUUCAAGGCCAUCUCAUCACCAUUGGCCAUGGACAAACUCAGCUUUAUGCAUUCAAGCUUGUUCGUUUAUGCACCAUCUAUCUCUCCAACCUCAAUUAUGGUCGCUUAAUCUUCAAUUACAUCACUGUCCCGAAUGUUUACCUUUAUACUGCGAUGAUCACUGCAUACACUUCCCUUCCUAAUUAUAAAUCUUCUAUCUUGUUAUACCGCGAAAUGGUUCGUAGUGGCUUGUCAAAGCCCAACCAAUUUGUAUUCCCGAUUAUUCUAAAGUCUUUCCCUGAAGUUACAAAGCCUUAUGGGGUUGGAAUGGCGCAUACCCAUAUCGAGAAGAUGGGUUUUGGGAAAUACCCUGUUGUGCAGACAGCUCUUUUGGAUACUUAUUCGAGGUUCUCAUCUGAUAUUAGAGUUGCACGCCAGCUGUUUGAUGAAAUAUCUGAGAAGAAUGUGUUUUCAUGGACUGCAAUGAUAGCGGGAUAUACUAGAGUGGGGCGAAUGGGGGAUGCUAUUUUGCUUUUUGAAGAGGUACCUCAGCAUAUAAGAGACACUCCUUCUUGGAAUUCAAUAAUUGCAGGAUGUACACAAAAUGGUUUGUUUAGUGAGGCCAUUUCACUGUUAGGAAGAAUGAUUGUUGAGGAAGGGAUGAUUCAAGGGAUUAAGCCUAAUGAGGUUACAUUUGCAUGUGUACUUGCUGCUUGCGGGCACACUGGGAUGCUUCAGCUCGGAAAAUGUAUUCACGGGUACAUAUAUCGAAAUAAUCUUCAUUUGAAUUCUCUUACAGUAAAUGCUCUCAUUGAUAUGUAUGGAAAGUGUGGUAGCUUGAAAGACGCAAGAAAUCUUUUUGAUAAGGCUAAUAGGGGCAGUUUGACAUGUUGGAAUUCUAUGAUCAAUUGUUUGGCUCUUCAAGGUCAUUGGGAAGGUGCUAUUGCAGUUUUCAAAGAUAUGUUGCGAUAUGGAGAUGAUGUAAAACCUGAUACAGUGACUUUUAUUGGCUUGUUAAGUGCCUGUACUCAUGGAGGAUUGGUGGAAGAGGGGCUUAGUUAUUAUGAUUUGAUGACACGGGUAUAUGGAAUUAACCCUGAAAUUGAGCACUAUGGGUGUUUAAUUGAUCUUCUCGGACGAGCAGGUAGGUUUGAGGAAAUUAUGAAAAUCGUGAGCGAGAUGCACAUAACACCAGAUGCAGUUAUAUGGGGUUCCUUGCUUAAUGGGUGCAAAAUCCAUGGGCGUAUAGACUUGGCAGAAUUUGCACUGGAAAAAUUGAUUAGUAUUGAUCCCAACAAUGGUAGUUAUUACUCUAUGCUUGCUAAUUUAUAUGGGGAGUUGGGAAAGUGGGAUGAAGCUCGAAAGGUA